GUCCUGGAGUGGGAGGGGCACCUCGGUUCACUCACAUCCGCUCACAGGACUCUCACAAACUGUUCAUCAAGUGGUCUGUCUGUCUGUCCCUCCUACUCUGCGGCCUUUCUCACUCCUCCUGGCUUCUUGAAGGUGCGCUUCUUGAACGUCCCUGCCUCCUUUGAAUCGCUUGGCGACAGGGCGCUCUUCUGCAUAGACACAUGCCACACACGCCGAGAGAGACAGACAGAAUGCGGCCCAAGUCGGCGCCGCGCCCACCCGGCCUUUCAGGAGUGCGUGUGUGCACAUUUAUCUCACCUUGAUGACCAUUUCCCUCUGCCUGGCCUGCAGGUCGUCCUCGUUGAGCACCGGCUCGUACUGCGUCUCGAUGCGCAGCGCCUGAACAGGGUCCAUCUCGUGCGCAGGGAACUCGUCACCUGGUCAACCCAAACAAAGCAGAGGGUGUGUUGUGUGCGACACGAGAUGCACUCACUCUCACCUGCGGCAGCUGCGUCGGCCUCGCCCUGCACAGCGUUGCCGAACCUGCUUUCCUCCGGCGCGACCUCCUCCCACGCGCCCACCAUCGCACCCCCAUCGCCACCGGCAUUGUAAACAGCCUCUUCAUCCUCCUUACCCCCUCCCUCCCCCUCUGCCGCUUCCUCGUUGCCGGGCCGCUCGACGACAGGCUCACUCCUGACAUCCUCGCGCUUGGUCAGGGGUGGUGUAUCGCCAAAGUAGCCCGUCCCCUUGUCGCCAUUCUUGAACACAUGGCCGUAUUUCACGCCAUCAAACCCCUCAGAAGCGAUGAAAUUGCCUUUAACAUCGUCCUCUCCUCGCGCCGCUGGUGGAGGGGGCGGUGGAGGGGGCGGUGGAGGGGGCGGUGGCAUAGAGGGCGGCGCAGAGGGCAGUCCAGCCGCAGGUAGUGGGGGAGGAGGGGGCGCAGAGGGCGCUUUCGGCGGUGGCUGUUGUUGCUGCUGUUGCGGUGUCGUCAGUGGCAUUGGUGGGGGCAGUGGUGGCUGUGGCAUGCUGCCCAUCAUGUCUGGUGGCUGUUGCCACGACGACGCGCCCGUCAGAGUGUUGAAGUACAGGGGCAGGCCAGUGGAAGGGUCCUGGCAGAUCAUCCAACCUGAGAGAGAAGCACACACAGUACAGGAAAGCCUCAGACACGGCCGUAGUCAGCCGCAUAGCUAUCUGCCUGUCUGAUGGACUGACCUGCAGGGCCAGCCUCCAUUUGCGGCAUUUCGUCCCUUGCAGCCAGGGGGACGGGAGGGACGCCAUACUGAGGCUUGGGCAUUCCUGGGAACGGAUCUGCACUCAGGCAAUAGACACACCGGCAUGGCAUCAUCAGCCCUCCAUCAAUCCUCUCCUCCCUCCCUCCCUCCCUCCUUCGUUCUGACCUGUCUUCUGCUUCUUGGUCGCCGGCUGGGGGGCAGCGCUCACGACCACUCCAGCACCAGGUGGGACACCGGAAUCACCACCACCAGCACCAGCACCCCCACUCCCGCCGCCGCCGAAGAAGCGAGCAUCGUCUGCAGCGGCCGCCCUUGCGGCCUUCUCGAUUUGUGCGAGUUCGGACUGGACCUGCCUGGCCUCGUUCUGCCUGUCCCUCUCCCUCUUGCGCAUCUCGAUGAUGUUGCGCUGCUGCUGCUGCAGAUGACGCUCGCUCUGGUUGUGCCGCUGGAUGUUCUGCAGGGAAGUCAGUAGGUAGUGAGCAAUCAACGCAACGAAGGAAACACAACACACACGUGGACAUUGUCAAGCGCUCCCGUGUGAUGGUGUGUGUUGUGAAUGUGCGCACCGCCUGGUUUCCUGUGAUCCAGCAUUUGCAUAUCUCGCAGUAGUACUUGGCCGUUGACACCCAGAAGUCCGUCAUUCUUGCUGUGAGGGUGAGUGAGAAACCAACGAGGGCGAGAACAAUGCCUUGCGACACUCGGUCAAGAUUCGGCCGAAAGAUGAAGCGCCGUACUCUCCAGGAGGCCUCUGCCAGGCUCCUCUCCCCCUCUGUUUCCUC